AUGCAAGCAGCUGAAUCAGCGCCAGGCAGAAUCCCCGGAGGAACAUUGACCGCAAACAUAAAGGCUACAGACUCUGUCUUUGAACAAGGCUAUACAGAUCUGUCACACAGCUCUUGGACCUCUUCACGUACCUUCAACGAAGACAUCCAUGUGACCAAAGCCUGCCUCAAGAUGACUUCUUUAACUGGUCUUGCCCUCUUGCUGUGCGUUCUGGCCAGCCAAUCAUGGGCGGCGAGAGUGCAAAAAACCCUUCGGAUUGCCUGGGAGAAGGGCGCCCCAAAUGGGCAGUCGAGGGAAAUGAUCUUCACAAACGGUGUUUUCCCUGGCCCGGAGCUCAUCUUUGACGAGGACGACGACGUCGAGAUCACGGUCCACAAUGACAUGAACAGAAACACAACCGUCCAUUGGCACGGAAUUGCGCAGGAAGGAACUCCGUGGGCCGACGGCGUGAUUGGUCUGUCGCAGCAGCCCAUUCGACCAGGCGAAUCCUUCGUAUAUCGAUUCAAAGCCUCUCCGCCAGGCACGCACUGGUACCAUUCGCAUGAGCGAAUGACUCUAGUAGAUGGACUUCAUGGCGCUUUCUUCAUCAGACCAAAACGGGACAUGAAAGAUCUGUGGUCCAAGAUUAGCAAUGAUCCAAAGGAUAUCGACGCCAUGUCGAAAGCUGCCUUGGACCCCAAGCUAAUGGUCCUUUCUGACUGGUCACGCUUCACUUCGGAGGAGUAUUGGAAAGCAAUUGAAGACUCGAAACUCUUGUUAUUCUGUGUCGAUAGUAUCCUGUUGAACGGCCACGGAGAAGUAUACUGUCCUCCACAGGAGUUUCUCGUCAAUCAAACGCAAUGGGGCCCACAACACUUUACAUUUCCUGAUCAGAACGUCACAGAUAAGGGAUGUUUCCCUGCUGUGGAAGAAGGUAUUCAAGGACCCUGGGUCAACCAGAGCCUUCCCGAGAAGAUCCCAGCCCAUAUACAGUCUGGCUGCGUUCCCUCAGCAGGAUCCAACUACACAGUCGAAGUGGAUCCGGCAGACGGCUGGGUCAGCAUGAACUUCAUUGCAGCUGCUUCGAAUAAGCAGGUCGAUUUCUCCAUAGACGAGCACCCCAUGUGGAUCUAUGAGGUUGAUGGCAAUUAUGUGCAACCUCACAAGUUUGUCGCAGCCGCCAUCACAGCAGGCGAAAGGUUCUCCGUCAUGGUCAAGCUGGACAAGCAGCCCGGUCGGUACACGAUACGUUUGCCAGAUUCUGGAGCGACCCAGGUCAUCUCGGGGUUCGCAAACAUGGUGUACAAGGGAGCCGAGCAUGUGUCUCCUCCGACGAAACCGUACGUUACGUAUGGUGGCCUAAGCGGUCGGCCGGAGACAGAUACGGAGAGCUAUGCGCCAUACAACAUCUCGGCUGAUUACAUGCCACCCUGGCCUGCAAACCCCCCAGCUGCCACGGCGGAUGAAGAGUACCUGCUGGUCAUGGGACGCGCGGGAUCAUCCUUCCAGUACACCAUGAACACAAAUUACCUUUACCCCAUGGACUUCAAAGCUGAUCGUCCCCUGCUGCACUAUCCCAACCAGACAGUAGGCACCGAGGACGAGAAGCUAGUCAUCCGCACCAAGAACGGCUCCUGGGUAGAUCUGAUUCUCCAGGUAGCUGUCCUACCCGGUGACGGGGCUGCCUUUGAGCACAUGAUGCACAAGCAUGGUAGCAAAACGUGGAGGAUCGGCAACGGAGCCGGCGUGUGGAAAUACAAGAGCGUAGCUGAGGCCAUUGCCGCCGAGCCCGAGAGCUUCAACCUCAAGGACCCGGGGCUGCGAGACUCGUGGUUGACCAUGUUCUCCCCCGUGCCUGCCGGCGGCUAUUGGAGUGUUUUCAGAUACCAGGUGACCAAUCCGGGACCCUGGCUUUUCCACUGCCACUUCGAGCUGCACGCGAUGGGAGGCAUGUCCAUCGCGCUGCUAGACGGCGUCGACGUGUGGCCACAGGUCCCCGAGGAGUACGCGGUCCGGCACCAUCCGUCCCAAGGUACGCAAACCUUGGCGGCAACUCCCAAUGCUUCCAAGCCCUGGUACAAUGGGAUGUUGAACUUUAUGCAGGCUGUGUUGGGGAUCCUGCCGGGACAGGGCUCCGAGGAGCUGCGACGCUGA